GAGAGGAGCGGCGGCUCGGCCGGCGGCGGCGGGCAAGGGGCCGCGUUCACCCUCGGGGCUGCGCUGCACCCGCGGGCUGCUCGCCGCGCCAACCGACGGUUGCUCUCCUCGCGCCUCCACCGGGCCGGGCCAGCAGCCGCUGCCCCGGCGCGAUGUGCGGGGGGAUGGCGGCGAAGGGGCCGGGCGGGCCGCGGUGGUGGCAGAACCGACGGGCGCGGCUGCUAUGCAUGCUGGCACUCACCUUCCUUUUCUUCGUGGUGGAGGUCGUGGUGAGCCGGGUCACGUCGUCUCUGGCCAUGCUCUCCGACUCCUUCCACAUGCUCUCUGAUGUCAUGGCUCUAGUUGUGGCGCUGGUGGCCGUACGCUUCGCCCAACGCACCCGCGCCACCAAGAAGAACACCUUCGGGUGGGUGCGAGCUGAAGUGAUGGGCGCCCUCGUCAACGCCGUCUUCCUCACCGCCCUCUGCUUCACCAUCCUGCUGGAGGCCAUCGAGCGCUUCACGGAGCCUCAUGAGAUCCAGCAGCCGCUGGUGGUCAUCGGCGUCGGAGUGGCAGGACUCAUCAUCAACCUGCUGGGGCUCUGCCUCUUCAACCACCACGGCGUCGGGGGCCAUGGCCAUUCCCAUGGCCACGGGCAUUCGCACAGCGGCAGGCAGCACACCCGCAGCGGAUCCAAGCCCGAGCAGCCACCUGGGGACGGGGAAGCUUCGUUGCACCGGGAGGAGACCAGCACCUUGGUGGAGAACUGCAGCAGCUCCAACGGGGUUAGCCAGGAGAAGCUAGGUGAUAUGAAAGAUGACAUGGCUGACCUACAAGUGAAUGGGAACGCUGGUCAUUAUCCUCUGGAUGUAGAGGAAGUUGAAGAAGACUCUAGUGCACAGCUUAACAUGCGUGGGGUUUUUCUGCAUGUUUUUGGAGAUGCCUUAGGUUCAGUAAUUGUGGUAGUGAAUGCCUUGCUCUUUUAUGGGUUGUGGAAUCCAUGCCCCAAAGAUGGGCCCUGCUUAAAUCCGUGCGUCAAUAAUCAUUGCGUGGAAAAUGCUACUUUAUCCCAAACACUCGGCAGAGCAAAUGGUUCUGAGCAAGAGAGCAUUACCGUGGCUGGGCCAUGCUGGUUGCUGUAUUUAGAUCCCGUCCUUUGCCUGAUCAUGGUUUGUAUACUCCUUUACACAACUUACCCAUUACUUAGAGAGUCAGCCCUUAUACUUCUACAGACCGUACCCAAACAAAUAGAUGUGCAUUCUUUGAACUCAAAAUUACGCACACUUGAAGGAGUUGAAGCAGUCCACGAGUUACAUAUUUGGCAGCUAGCAGGCAGUAGGAUCAUUGGCACUGCUCACAUAAAGUGUCCUGACCCUUCCACAUACAUGAUGGUGGCAAAGCGCAUAAAAGAGAUCUUUCAUGACGAAGGGAUCCAUGCGACUACCAUUCAGCCUGAGUUUGCCAGUGUUGGCUCUGAGUCGGGAAGAGGGAAAUGUGAGUUUCCUUGCAGGACACAGUGUGCUUUGAAGCAGUGUUGUGGAACAGGAGAAGAUAGUACCGGGAAGAAGACAGAAAAAUCUUCAUCACUUAGUAUUUCUUGUUCAGAAGUUGUCAUUGAUUUUCCCAAAACUAGGAGGACUAAGUCGGAGAGCAUCCCUUCAGUUAAGCUAGAGGCAAACAUCGAUCAAAAUGAGCAGUUUGAAUCAUCUUUGUAACUCCCUGAAUGGUGCUACCUGAGUUUUGGUGACUUUGACAGCAGCUGUAUUGCAAGAGGAAGAGACAGACGUUUGAGAUGCAAUUUUGCCAAGUAGUGUAAUUGCUGAAGUCUUUGUUCUUGUCAUAUUGCUAAAUCUAGAGUGCUUGUUUUAAAGAACAUAAUGUCACUGUCAUGAAACAAUGUGUUUGUGUUGACUUUGAGACAGACAGAAAGUACACCAAUGCUGUAACAACUUCAGAAAACCAGUUUCAACAUUUCAGCAGACACUUUUUGCUGUGCUUCAAAUGAAAAUAGGGUUUUUUUCCAGUGAAAAGGUGUUUGAAGGAUAAGCAUGUAGGAACUCAAUUUGUGUUACAGACUUCUUCUUCUUGGACCUAAUCUUUCUUUUAAUAUUUGAUUUGUAGAUAUUCUAAUAUAUUGUUUAUUUAGAAGCCUGAAGGAAACCAAAGUUCAUAGAACGUUUUUAAAGAUAUAACUACUUAAAACUGGAAACCACUGCAGUUUCAGAUAUUUUUCUUAAGUCUAUAUAACAACAAAUGUGAAAGCUUUUCUAAUGAAUUUAUCGUAUAGCAUAUCUUAAAGAGAACAUCAUAUGAUUACUAGAAAAUGUCCCCACUUUUUCUGGUAAGGUAGUGAGGUAAUUAAAAUCAACUGCUUGUGAAAAUAGCAGACGUGAAAGGUUUUUUUUCUCUCAGAAUGGAAGUUCAAGCUACUGUAUUUUGCUCUGUAAUCGAGACCUGAGACUGCAUUUUCUGGCAGUUUUCCUUAUUCCCAAGCUGUGUCUGGUCAUAAAAGUCUUUGAAAUUGAAGGAAUCCUUGAUUCCAGUGCUAUGAAUGAAGAGAUGUAGCUUCAUUCUCAACUGAUGCUCAGUGUACUAAGAUAAAAAUUAGCUAUGUCAGUAAGUACUCUGUUGGGAAAGGUCUGCCAAGCACAGGCUGUAUAAUUCAUGCUUUCAGGCAUCAGCAGUAGCCUCCAUAGCAAGUCAUUCAGACGUGUGUUUUGCUCGUAGCUAAGUGUGUAAGCAUUUGCAGUGACUAUAGUCCUGGUCUCAGCUGUGUCCUCAGGAGCCUGCCUCUGACUUUGAAGGAAAUGGGCCAGGGAGUAGGAUUUUAAUUGGCAGUGUUUCAUACUCUUGAGUUGUUCAUGUAGCUCAUAAUUGCACUUCUUAAGUGUCCAGAUCUAUGGUUUAAACUAUGAACUUAGUUAAUUGACAACUGGCUCUAAAGAAGCUGUUACAGAAGCUGUUACAGUAUGCUGCUGGUUUACACCUUAACAAAGGAGAAAUUGGCCUAUAGACAUUGUGAACUUGGCAGAGACUAGAGUUGGAAAAGAUAAAACAUGCAAGAAAUAUAAUUUAAACCCCUGACCCUUUCAAUCCACCUCAAAGUUAUGUAUGGGAAAUAAUAUCCUGUGAUUUAAUUGGCUGCUCUUAUGCUCAAAACUGGAAAACAACUCAGAUCUUCCAUUGUUUGAUGACUCUGGACAUGAUAAACACUCUGCUUCAAUCUCCCUGUCUUCAAAUGAGAAUAAUACCUACCUCACAGGGGUGUUGUGAGGCUUAAUUCUCGUGUGAAGAGCUCUGAGAUCUGUUACUGGAAGGGUAAAAUACUAAAUCACAUGUUAUCUACUUCUGCAAAUGUAUUGCAAUAGCUAGGCACAACAGAGGGAACUGAGGAUAGUUUGGGCCUUAUGAGAUUCUUUCAUGCUGUGGUUUUCAGGUUUUUAACAGUAUUUAAAUGUAGAUUUUUUUAAUGCUGUUCUGUUAGUGAAGGGAAUGUAGCUUUGUCUCCAGAUACAGAACACCUUGCUAGUUUGCAUUUCUAAUACAUGUCUUGUAAAAUAAUUGCUCCUGAGUAGUUCAGAGUAGUCUGCUGCUCAUCAGACUUGGAUCAGCCCAGGUUGUGUCAGUGGUCUUACCCAACUUCUCAGCAGAGCAUUACAGUCAACUCUCGAUUAUCCAUGGGUGGAUUACCAGUGUUGUAUAUCAGCUGUGCAAGCCGCAGGGCAGGACGAGCUCUGUAUUGCGUGCCAGUGCGCUGGACAAGUGCUGGUGCCAAAGCAUUGGAAGAGUGGAGGAGAUCGGUCGGGUUUGGCAUGAGCCCACUCCCACAGGGCUCCUUAGCUUGGGUGUGGCACAGCGCUGUCCAGUUGGUUUGUGCCUCUUGGCUGCUCAGAUGUAUUCAGAGAAAUCUCUGGUGUGUGGAUGGGUCGAUUGAGUGUUAUGCUUGCUUGGGGAUGGUAGUGGCUCACAGCCACCAACAUCGCUCUCCUUUUUCUGUGUUUAUUGUUGUAUAGUCUCAUAAACUAACUUAAAUAUGUUAAUACAGUAUUUAUAUAUGUUUUUGUUUGGUCUGAAUUAUCUUAACUCUUCUGUUACCUGUAUAUGAUCUAGAGUUGACUGUUGAAUGAGAUAUUGUAUUUGCAGAAUAUGCUACCACUGCUAGUAUUAACCAAGUGAAUGCUGAAAUCAGAGAAGCCCUUUUUCUCUUAUUUUUCCCCCUAAAUGUGUAGCCUUGCUUUUUAUGGUUAAACUUUCACUAAUUAUUUUGCUCACUAGUUUAAAAUGGGUCUCAGUCAUUAGUGUGAAUUAAUGAGGUCCUGCUGUAUAUCAGGAAUGCACCAUGGAACUGCAGUUCUUUGUUAAAAAUAAAAGCCAAACCACAACAACAAACACCCCAAGACAAACCAUAGUUGCACUGAGAAGCCUGACUUCUCACCUAUAAAAAGAGAGUAACUAGUGAGUCUUGACAGUUGCUGGCACUGGUUACCAGGCUCAAGAAGUGCAUCUGAAUAGAUGGAGUGGUAAUCACUGAUUCCAUUGUAACUAUUUAAUCUUUUGGGGUUUGCACCAGAAGUCAUAUUUUUCUAUUUCUGUGUCCAUUGCAGGCAAUGGCUAGCUUAAAGUCUCUCCCCUGCCUUAUUGUUGUUAUCAGGAUAGGAUACAGAUGUGGUGAUGAUGAUGAUGGGAGCAGAAUGGGGAGUUUUGUGGCCUCUGGGCCAUGUGCAGUGUUGCAUGUGCAGCAGCAGCUGGUGGUAACGGAGCCCUUCAGUCUCAUUAGCCCUGGAUGGUCACUUCCCUGAAAGCACAUAGCCAAGCGAAGGUGGUGGCUGUACAGCAGCAGGAAUAUGUUCCUUCUUGCUGUAAGAGACCCACCUGUAGCCUGCUGGCUUGUCAUUUAGCUUGGUUUCAUUUGACCUGACCUGUCUGUGCUUACACAGACUGGGUGAAUUCCGAAGAUCACGUUCCAGAAUACGGGGAGCACUGAAAAACACUGCACAGUCUCUGUUGUUUUGUUUGUUUGUUUGUUUUCCACAAAGCAUGAAACUAGUGAAUCUCAUGUAAGUGAACACUGCAGUGGUGGGGAGCUAAUUGUAUUGUGUAUCACAUUUCUGAAUUUUUCAAAUAAUAAAAGAGAAAAGAAACA